CAAAAAUGGCUUUCGCCAAUUAUAGCGCCACCUUCUCUUUUGCCUUCUCCUCUCGGGUGGUUUCAGUGGAGCCCGUGAUCCGUUUGCUUGCGAUCCCAAAAAUGCAAUGACGGCGAAGUUGUCGUUCUGCAAGGCUUCGAUGCCGGUAUCGGAUAGAGUGAAGGACCUUCUAGGAAGGUUGACUUUGCAGGAGAAGAUUAGGCUGCUUGUGAACAAUGCUGCAGUAGUUCCCCGGCUGGGGAUCAAUGGCUACGAAUGGUGGUCCGAGGCUCUUCACGGUGUCUCCAAUGUAGGACCCGGAACAAAGUUCGGCGGAGCCUUCCCUGGUGCCACUAGCUUCCCUCAAGUAAUCACAACCGCCGCUUCUUUCAAUGCCACGUUAUGGGAAGCCAUUGGAAAGGUUGUGUCGGAUGAGGCAAGGGCCAUGUACAAUGGGGGAGCGGCCGGACUCACUUACUGGAGCCCCAAUGUCAACAUUUUUAGGGACCCACGGUGGGGCCGAGGACAGGAAACUCCCGGUGAAGAUCCAGUGGUGGCCGGUAUAUAUGCAGCCAGCUAUGUUAAAGGUUUACAGGGAAACAACGGUGACCGGCUGAAGGUGGCGGCUUGUUGCAAGCACUUCACGGCCUAUGAUCUUGAUAACUGGAAUGGUGUCGACAGGUUCCACUUCAAUGCCAAGGUAAGCAAACAGGACAUCAAGGAUACAUUCAAUGUUCCAUUCAAAAUGUGUGUGAAGGAAGGUCAUGUAGCCAGUGUUAUGUGCUCUUACAAUCAAGUCAACGGUGUCCCCACCUGCGCUGACCCUAAUCUCCUACAGAAGACUGUACGAGGUCAAUGGAAACUCAACGGGUACAUUGUUUCAGAUUGUGAUUCAGUUGGGGUCUAUUAUAAUACCCAACAUUACACUUCAACACCUGAAGAAGCAGCUGCAGAUGCCAUCAAAGCAGGCUUGGACUUGGACUGUGGACCUUUCUUGGCGCAACACAGUGAAGGUGCAGUGAAAGCGGGUUUGUUGAAGGAGACCGAUGUCGACAGUGCAUUGGCAAAUACGCUCACGGUCCAAAUGAGACUCGGCAUGUAUGACGGUGAGCCAUCCGCACAACCAUUCGGGAACUUGGGGCCGAAAGAUGUGUGCACCCGGUCUCACCGAGAGCUUGCUCUCGAGGCUGCGAGACAAGGCAUUGUUCUGCUUAAAAAUCGUGGUCCUUCGUUGCCUUUAUCACACCGACGGCAUCGGACCGUCGCUGUUAUCGGACCAAACUCUAAUGCGACUGUUACCAUGAUUGGAAACUAUGCUGGUGUUGCGUGUAGAUACACAUCUCCUUUUCAAGGAAUAGGAAAUUACGCAAAGACAAUCCACCAGAUGGGAUGUGCGGAUGUAGCUUGCGUGGAUGACAAACUAUUUAGUGGAGCAAUUGAGGCUGCUCGUCAAGCAGAUGCAACGGUUCUAGUGAUGGGGUUAGACCAAUCAAUUGAAGCAGAAUUCAAAGACCGGACAGGGUUGCUUUUGCCGGGACGCCAACAAGAUCUUGUUUCCAAAGUAUCCAUGGCUUCUAAAGGUCCAACCGUAUUAGUUUUGAUGUCCGGUGGGCCUAUUGAUGUGUCUUUUGCUAAAAGCGACCCACGUAUUGCUGCAAUUGUAUGGGCCGGAUACCCCGGACAAGGCGGUGGAGCAGCCAUAGCUGAUGUACUAUAUGGAGCAACUAAUCCAGAAGGCAAGCUGCCUAUGACAUGGUACCCAGAAGAUUAUGUUUCAACUUUGCCAAUGACAGACAUGGCCAUGCGGUCAAGCCAAAACAGAAACUAUCCUGGAAGAACCUACAGGUUCUACAAAGGACCAGUAGUGUACCCAUUCGGGUAUGGAUUGAGUUACACCAACUUCGUUGACAUCAUCGCUGGUGCACCCAAAGUUGUGGUGGUCCCUCUAGACGGCCGCCAUCAUUCAGGGAACACUACCGUGUCAGGCAAGGCAAUCAAAGUGAACCAUGCAAAGUGCAACAGGCUCUCUGUUGGGCUUCAAGUAGACGUGAAAAAUACGGGAUCAAAGGACGGCACUCACACAAUGCUUGUAUUUUCCACCCCACCGGCUGGUUCUUGGGCACCACGAAAACAGCUGGUGGCGUUCACGAAAGUGCAUGUCCCGGCUCGGUCUCAGCAGCGAGUAGGAUUCAACAUCCAUGUCUGCAAGUUUCUAAGUGUUGUAGACAGGUCUGGGAUUCGAAGAAUUCCUAUUGGUGUACAUCAUCUCCAUAUUGGUAACGUUAAGCAUUCCGUAUCCCUUGAGGCUGCAACUUUAGGGGUUAUAAGAUCCUAGUUUUUUACAGCCAAAAGGGGUUUAUACAUACAUACAUAACGAGUGUGUCAUUUCUAGACAAAGGAAUUGGUUUGAACAUCCCUCAAUUUAGUUGUAAGAGAAAG